CUGCCUGCAGCGCCGCGCAAAGUUUCCUGCGAGCGGCCCCCGCCGGCGGAGCUCCACGGAGCCGGGUGGCCGCACCAAGAAGGAGGUGUGGGUGGGUCUUUCGGGGCUGCUGCUGCCCCCCUCCUCUGCCGACGCAGAGCCUACGUCGAGUGUCAAGUGAACUUUGAAAAGCUGUUUCAGUGGAACCUGCGCCGGGAUCUGCACGGGUCCUGCCACAGGGAAAUGCUGGGAGGCGCCGCCGGCCGGUGACCCGCAACUUUCCGGCGAGACUUUGCCGGGAACUGAGCUCUGCCUCCUCUUUUUUUCCUCCCAAGUGCAGCCCACGUUGGCGUCCUGCUUUGCUGGCGAGCAGGGCGCGCUCUCCGCCCCGGCAGCGAGUGAACUGAAUCCCCCGCCCGCCCGGGCGGGCCGCACCAUCACCUCAUUUCCCUGGAGGUAGCCGCCGGCCGACCCCCGCUCUUUCUGCGCCCGGGCUCGGGGUGCGGAGGCCGGCGUUUCGGCGGAGAGCUGGUUCUUGGAUGCUGAAGGCUGAGCUCCUCCAGCGUGGGUGCCGAGGCGGCAAUGGGUGUCUUCAAAGUGUGGCUCGGGGUGGCCCUAGCUCUGGCGGAAUUUGCAGCAUUGCCUCAUCAUUCUGAAGGUGCUUGUGUCUAUCAGGGUUCCUUGUUGGCGGAUGCCACAAUUUGGAAGCCUGAUUCAUGCCAGAACUGUCGUUGCCAUGGUGAUAUUGUUAUCUGCAAACCUGCUGUUUGCAGAAACCCUCAGUGUGCCUUUGAGAAGGGAGAAGUGCUUCAAAUACCCGCCAACCAGUGCUGUCCCGAGUGUGUGGUGAGGACUCCUGGAUCUUGCCAUCAUGAAAAGGAAAUCCAUGCGCAUGGCACAGAGUGGGUCUCCUCCCCAUGUAGUGUGUGCUCUUGCACUCAUGGGGAAGUCCGAUGCACCCCCCGGGCCUGCCCACCACUGUCCUGCGGACACCAAGAACUGGAAUUCAUCCCUGAAGGAAGCUGCUGCCCAGUCUGCGUGGGCCCUGGGAAACCCUGUUCCUAUGAAGGCCGUGUGUUUCAGGAUGGGGAGGACUGGCCAUUGAGUCGGUGUGCCAAAUGUGUGUGUAGAAACGGGGUCACCCAGUGCUUCACAGCUCAGUGUCAGCCUCUGUUUUGUAACCAGGAUGAAACUGUAGUCCGAGUCCCUGGAAAAUGCUGCCCACAGUGCUCUUCACGAUCUUGCUCUGCUGCUGGCCAAGUAUACCAGCAUGGUGAGCAGUGGAGUGAAAAUGCCUGCACCACAUGUAUUUGUGACCGAGGGGAGGUCAGGUGCCACCAACAGGCCUGCCCUCCACUAAGAUGCGAAAAGGGUCAAAGGCGGGCUCGGCCUCAUGGGGAAUGCUGUGAGGAAUGUGUGUCUCCUGCCAGAAGUUGCUCAUACCACGGCAUGGUGCGGUAUCAGGACGAAAUGUGGAAAAGCUCGGCCUGUGAGUUCUGCAUGUGUGACCACGGCCAAGUGACCUGCUGGCCUGGAGAGUGUGCCAAAGUGGAGUGUGCCAGGGAUGAAGAAUUAAUUCACUUAGAUGGAAAAUGCUGUCCUGAAUGCAUUUCAAGGAAGGGGUAUUGUGUUUUUGAAGAAAAUGCAGAAUUUAUUUCCUUAAAUGUGAGUGAAGUUAAACGUAUUCCAGAGGGGGAGAAGUGGGAGGAUGGCCCUUGCAAGGUGUGUGAGUGCCAGGGGGCUCAGGUGACUUGCUAUGAGCCCUCUUGUCCACCAUGUCCAAUGGCCACACUGGCUCGUGUGGUGAAGGGACUCUGCUGUCCAGAUUGCACAUCAGUUCAUUGCCACCCAGACUGCUUGACCUGCUCACAGUCUCCAAACCACUGUGACCUCUGCCAGGACCCCACAAAGUUGCUGUGGAAUGGACGGUGUGUGCACAGCUGUGGUCUGGGAUAUUACCAAGCUGGUGCUGUCUGUUUAGCUUGCCAGCCUCAGUGUUCCACAUGCACCAACGGACACGAGUGCUCAUCCUGCCAUCCUCCUCUGCUGAUGCGGCACAGGCAGUGCGUGUCCACCUGUGGGGAUGGCUUCUACCAAGAUCGCCACUCCUGUGCAGUCUGCCACGAGUCCUGUGCAACCUGCUGGGGUCCCACGGAGAAGCACUGCCUGGCCUGCAGAGACCCCCUUCAGGUGCUGAGAGAGGGCAGAUGUGUGGGCAGCUGUGGCGACGGGUUUUACAACAAGCAAGGGACCUGCAGUGCUUGUGACCAAUCAUGUAAGAACUGUGGUCCCAAGAGUGCCAGGUGUCUUACCUGUGUUGAGAAGAUGGUAUUACAUCAUGGGGAAUGUAUUUCCGAAUGCCCUGGUGGGUACUAUGCUGAUGCCACUGGCAGAUGCAAAGUUUGUCAUAACUCGUGUGCCAGCUGCUCCGGACCCACAGCCUCUCACUGCGCAGCCUGUGUCAGUCCCCAGGUUCUGCGCCAAGGCCGCUGUCUGUCCAACUGUGGAGAGAACUUCUACCCUGACCAGGGCAUCUGCAGAGCCUGUCAUCCCUCUUGCCUGACCUGUGUGGGUGUAGAACCUUCUCACUGUACCCAGUGUAAGAAACCAGAGGAAGGACUACAAGUUAAGCAGCUUUCUGGGGCACACCCCCCCUCUGGAGAGUGUGUCUCCCAGUGUAGAGCCCAAUUUUACUUGGAGAACACUGGGCAGUGUGAAGCUUGCCAUCAGUCCUGUCUCGGGUGUGUCGGGAAGAGUGCAUACAACUGCACAGCCUGCUGGCCAGCCCACGCGCUCCUGGAUGGGGAGUGCUUCUCCCAUUGCCCAGAUGGAUACUUUGACCAGGCAGGCAAGUGUACUGAAUGCCAUCCCAUCUGCAGGCAGUGUCAUGGCCCUUUGGAAUCUGACUGCAUCUCCUGUCACCCUCAUGUCACCCUUAAUGGUGGGAGCUGCAAGACCAGAUGUAAGGAAGGGCAGUUCCUCAACCUCAUGGGGUACUGUGCAGACUGCCAUCCUCUGUGCCAGCGCUGUGUGGCUGAUCUCCACCACACCAGGAGCAUCUGCCUGAGGUGCCAGAAUGCCCGCUACCUGUUGCUGGGGGACCAUUGUGUUUCCACUUGCCCUUCUGGGUACUAUGCAGAGAGAGGAGCUUGUAAAAAAUGUCACUCCUCCUGCCGAACCUGCCAGGACAGAGGACCCUUCUCCUGUUCCUCGUGUGACUCCGACCUUGUUCUGACCCACCUUGGCACCUGCAGUACCACCUGCUUCCCAGGGCAUUAUCUUGAUGACAACCGGGCUUGUCAGCCAUGCAAUGCACAGUGUAGAAGCUGUGAUUCACAGGCCAGCUGUACCUCCUGCCGAGAUCCAAACAAGGUCCUGCUCUUUGGAGAAUGUCAGUAUGAGAGCUGCGCCCCACAAUACUAUCUUGACUUCUCCACCAACACAUGCAAAGAGUGCGACUGGAGCUGCAGCGCAUGCAGUGGGCCUCUGAAGUCAGACUGCCUGCAGUGCAUGGAUGGCUACGUCCUCCAGGGCGGGGCCUGCGUGGAGCAGUGCUCAUCAGCAUUUUACCGGGACUCAGGGGUCUGCAAGAGUUGUGGCAACCACUGUCUCCAGUGCCAAGGUCCCCAUGAGUGUACCCGCUGUGAUGAGCCAUUUCUUCUCUUGGAAGCCCAGUGUGUCCAGGAAUGUGGGAAGGGGUACUUUGCUGAUCAUACAAAUCACAAAUGCACAGCGUGCCCUCAAGGAUGCUUGCAGUGCAGCCGUGGGGAACGGUGUCACCUCUGUGCCCAUGGAUUCUAUCUGAAAAGUGGCCUUUGUGUUUCCAACUGUGUUCCUGGCUUCUCUGUCCAUUCCGCAAAUGAAACAUGUGCUGACAAAGUACAUACUCCUAGUCUUCAUGUGAAUGGUUCCCUCACCCUUGCGAUUGGUUCAAUGAAGCUCCUGGAUUUUGCCCUCCUGAAUGUCCAAGACCAGGGAGGCAGGGUGGAAGACCUCCUGUUCCAUGUCGUGAGCACUCCCACCAAUGGUCAGUUAGUGCUCUCAAGGAAUGGAAAAGAGACUCAGCUCGACAAGGCUGGCCAUUUUAGCUGGAAAGAUAUGAAGGAGAAAAAAGUUCGUUUUGUGCACAGCAAAGAAAAACCCAGGAAAGGUUACUUUUCCCUGAAAAUUAGUGACCAGCAGUUCUUCUCUGAACCACAGUUGAUCAACAUACAAGCAUUUUCAACACAGGCCCCCUAUGUGCUGAGAAAUGAGGUCCUCCACAUUAGCAGAGGAGAGAGGGGAACCAUCACCAAACAGCUGCUUGACAUCCGAGAUGAUGACAAUCCACAGGAUGUGGUUGUUGAAGUGCUGGAUCCUCCACUUCAUGGCCAGUUGCUUCAAACUCUUCAGUCCCCUGCAACCCCUAUCUAUCGAUUCCGACUAGAUGAGCUCUCCAGGGGCCUUCUCCACUAUGCUCACGAUGGCUCUGAUAGCACAUCUGACAUUGCAGUCUUGCAGGUUAAUGAUGGACACUCCUUUCAAAAUAUACUGUUCCAUGUGAAGACUGUGCCUAAGAAUGAUGGCAGUCUUCGACUUGUGGCUAAUUCAAUGGUGUGGGUUCCGGAAGGGGGGAUGCUACAGAUUACCAAUAGAAUCUUACAGGCUGAAGCUCCAGGUGCCAGUGCCUCAGAAAUCAUCUACAAAAUUACAGAGGACUACCCUCGAUUUGGGGAGUUGGUCCUUCUGGUUAAUAUGCCUGCAGACAGCCCUGCAGACGAAGGGCAGCACCUGCCUGAUGGAAGGACAGCCACCCCCACCAGCACCUUCACCCAGCAAGACAUCGACGAAGGCAUCUUGUGGUACAGGCACUCGGGAGUCCCAGCCCAGAGUGACUCCUUCCGCUUUCAGGUGUCUAGUGCCACAGAUGCCCACACCCAUCUGGAGAGCCGCAUGUUCAACAUCGCCAUCUUACCACAGACACCUGAAGCUCCGAAGCUGUCCCUGGGGGCAUCUCUCCAUAUGACCGCUCGGGAAGACAGUCUAACUGUGAUUCAGCCUCAUUCCCUCUCUUUUGCAAACUCUGAAAGAUCAAGUGGAAAUAUUAUAUAUAAUAUCACUUUACCUCUGCAUCCAAGUCAAGGUACCAUCGAACACAAGGACCAACCUCACUCUCCCAUCCGGUAUUUCACGCAGGAUGAUAUCAACCAGGGCAAAGUCAUGUACCGUCCUCCAUCUGCAGCCCCCCACCUCCAGGAGCUCAUGCCCUUCUCCUUCGCUGGUCUCCCAGAAUCGGUGAAAUUCCACUUCACAGUUUCGGAUGGAGAGCACACAAGUCCAGAAAUGGUCCUCACCAUUCACUUACUUCCCAUCGAUCAGCACCUGCCAGUGUUCCAGGUCACAGCUCCACUGCUUGAGGUCAGCCCAGGAGGCAGCACUUCUAUAGGACUUCAGUUGAUAGUGAGAGAUACUGACACACCCCCUGAAGAACUCUUCUUUGAGCUUCGCAAACCUCCACAGCAUGGUGUGCUGCUGAAGUACUCAGGCCAAUUUCAAGGACCCCUGGCUGCAGGUGACACUUUCACAUAUGCAGAUAUUGAGAAAAAUGUUCUCCAGUAUCUACACGAUGGCUCCUCUGCCCAAGAAGACAGCAUGGAGAUCUCUGUCACAGAUGGCUUUUCAGUGACUACGGUGGAAGUGGGAGUAACAGUGUUGCUGACAGAGAGCCCAGGACCUCGGCUGGCUGGGGGCGCCUCUCUGAGCAUUUCUGUCGCCAGUAAAAGCACUGCUGUAAUCACGAGGUCACACCUGGCUUACAUUGAUGAUUCUUCCCCCGACCCAGAGAUAUGGAUUCAGUUAAGUUCUCUGCCCAUGUAUGGUACUCUCUUAAGAGCUACAGGAUCUGAGGUGGAAGAAUUCUCAGAAACUUCCAAUUUUACGAUGGAAGAUAUCAACAAGAAGAAAAUUCGGUACUCAGCUGCGUUUGAGACCGAAGGUCCGCUGGUUACUGAUAACUUCCAGUUUUCUGUCUCUGACAUGGACCAUAACCAUCUGGACAAUCAGAUGUUCACCAUCAUGAUCACUCCAGCCAAGAAUCCACCUCCAGUUAUUGCUUUUGCUGACCUUAUCACGGUUGAUGAGGGAGGGAGAGCCCCUCUCUCAUUUCACCAUUUCUUUGCUGCUGAUGAUCAUGACAACCUCCAGGAAGAUGCUGUCAUUAAACUCAGUGCUCUGCCCAAAUACGGCUGCAUCGAGAACACAGGCACAGGUGAUCGUUUCGGCCCCGGAACUAUCAGUGACCGAGAGGCAUCAUUCCCUAUUCAAGAUGUUUUGGAAAACUACAUUUACUACUUUCAGAGUGUUCAUGAAAGCAUUGAGCCAACCCAUGAUAUUUUCAGUUUUUAUGUAAGUGAUGGAAACAGUCGUUCCGAAAUCCACAGCAUCAAUAUCACCAUUGAGAGGAAGAACGAUGAGCCUCCCAGGAUGACCUUGAAGCCCCUCAGAGUGCAGCUAAGCUCAGGAGUAAUGAUAAGCAAUUCUUCUUUGAGCCUGCAAGACCUGGAUACUCCAGAUAAUGAGCUGAUUUUUGUAUUGACCAAAAAACCUUCCCACGGUCAUCUGCUCUUGAGGCAAACUGCUUCUGAGCCUCUGGAGAAUGGGAGGACUUUGGCCCAGGGCUCCUCCUUCACCUAUAAGGAUGUCCUGGCUGGGCUGGUAGGGUAUGUGCCUGGCAGUCCUGGUGUGGCAGCAGAUGAGUUCUGGUUCUCCCUCACCGAUGGCCUCCACACAGACACAGGGAGGAUGGAGGUGUUCAUAGAGCUACCUCCAGGUGACACUCCCCAGCUGGCUGUAAACCGAGGCCUACAGCUCUCAGCAGGGUCUGUUGCACGAAUCACAGAACAGCACUUGAAAGUGACAGAUACUGACUCAGAUGACCGUCAGGUGAUGUACGUUGUGACGGAAGAUCCAGGUGCAGGGCGUCUGCAGUUGGUCAAACAUGGCUACCUGGAGCAAAUCUCUGUUAAAGGGCCCAUCCGAAGUUUCACCCAGGCUGACAUUAGCCAAGACCAAGUAGAAUACAGGCAUAGAAAAGGAGAACCUGGUGGGAGCUUUGCUCUUAGAUUUGAUGUAGUAGAUGAAGAAGGCAACAAACUGAUUGGCCAGUCAUUUUCCAUCAAUGUCUUGGAAGACAAAUCCCCACCUGUCAUCAUCACAAAUAAAGGACUGGUUAUAGAUGAAGACUCAGUGAAGAAAAUCACUACUCUGCAGCUCUCUGCCACUGACCAGGAGAAGGAGCCUGCAGAAUUGACCUACAGAAUCACCAGACAGCCUGAGCUGGGCCACCUAGAACAUGCAGCGUCCCCAGGUAUCCAGAUUAGUUCCUUUACUCAAGCUGACCUGACUUCACAAAACAUCCAGUACAUCCAUUCCAGUGAGAAGGAGAAACAUUCAGAUGCCUUCAGCUUUUCACUCUCUGAUGGAGUCAAUGAGGUGACCCAGACUUUUCACAUCACUAUUCACCCCGUGGAUGAUUCGCUACCUGUUGUACAGAACUUGGGGCUGCGGGUACAGGAGGGGGUACGGAAAACCAUCACAGAGUUCGAGCUCAAGGCCGUGGAUGCAGACACUGAGGCCGAAUCUAUCACAUUCACCAUUGUGCAGCCUCCACGCCAUGGGACCAUUGAGAGAACCACCGGAGGCCAGCGCUCCCAGCACACCUCCACCUUCACCAUGGAAGACAUCUACCAGAACCGGGUCAGCUACAGCCAUGAUGGCAGCAACUCCCUCAAAGACCGCUUUACCUUCACUGUUGCUGAUGGGACAAAUCCCUUCUUUAUAAUUGAAGAAGGAGGAAAAGAGGUUAGGACAGCAGCACCUCAGCAGUUCAAAGUAGACAUCCUCCCAGUAGAUGAUGGCACCCCUAGAAUUGUUACCAACCUGGGGCUCCAAUGGCUGGAGUAUAUGGAUGGCAAGGCAACCAACCUGAUCACCAAAAAGGAACUGCUGACCAUGGACCCCGACACAGAGGACCUGCAGCUUGUCUAUGAGAUAACAACAGGCCCCAAGCAUGGCUACGUGGAGAGCAAGCUGCAGCCUGGCAGAGCUGUUUCCACUUUCACACAGGAGGAUGUGAACUUGGGGUUGAUUCGUUAUGUGUUACAUGAGGAGAAGACCCAUGAGAUGAUGGACAGUUUUCAGUUUCUGGUGAAAGACAGCAAACCCAACGUGGUCAAUGACAAUGUCUUCCACAUCCAGUGGUCCCUCAUCAGCUUUAAAUAUACCAGCUACAAUGUCAGUGAGAAAGCGGGGUCCGUCAGUGUCACAGUGCAGAGGACUGGGAACCUGAACCAGUAUGCCAUUGUCUUAUGCCGCACGGAGCAAGGCACCGCUAGAUCCAGCUCCAGGGUCAGCUCCAAACCUGGGCAGCAGGACUACGUGGAGUAUGCUGGUCAGGUUCAAUUUGAUGAACGAGAGGACACCAAGUCCUGCACCAUUGUCAUCAACGAUGAUGAUGUGUUUGAGAACAUUGAGAGUUUCACAGUGGAGCUCAGUAUGCCAGCAUAUGCACUAUUAGGGGAGUUCACCCAGGCGAAGGUCAUUAUCAAUGACACUGAGGACGAACCCACGUUAGAGUUUGAUAAGAAGACCUACCGGGUCAACGAGAGCACUGGUUUUCUAUUUGCACCUAUUGAAAGAAAAGGAGAUUCAAGCAGCAUUGUAUCUGCAAUUUGCUACACGGUCCCUAAGUCAGCUAUGGGAAGUAGCCUGUAUGCUCUUGAAUCAGGCUCUGAUUUUAAAUCUAGAGGAAUGUCUGCUGAGAGUCGUGUGAUAUUUGGGCCUGGUGUCACCAUGUCCACCUGUGAUGUCAUGCUCAUUGAUGACAGCGAGUAUGAAGAGGAAGAAGAGUUUGAGAUUGCCCUGGCCGAUGCUUCUGACAACGCUCGUCUGGGGAGGGUGGCAUCGGCCAAGGUGCUCAUUAAUGGCCCCAAUGAUGCCUCCACUGUGUCCCUGGGCAACACAGCAUUCACUGUCAGUGAGGAUGCAGGCACAGUAAAGAUUCCAGUUAUCCGCCACGGCACUGACCUCUCCACCUUCACGUCUGUGUGGUGUGCAACUCGGCCCUCGGACCCGGCUUCUGCCACUCCAGGUGUGGACUAUGUCCCCAGCUCUCGGAAGGUGGAGUUUGGGCCAGGUGUCACUGAGCAGUAUUGCACCUUAACUAUCUUGGAUGACACUCAGUAUCCCGUCAUUGAAGGACUAGAGACAUUUGUGGUUUUCCUCAGCUCAGCACAAGGCGCCGAAUUGACCAAACCCUUCCAGGCUGUCAUUGCAAUUAAUGAUACAUUCCAGGAUGUGCCCAGCAUGCAGUUUGCCAAGGAUUUGCUCCUAGUGAAGGAGAAGGAGGGCAUCCUGCAGGUGCCUAUCAUUCGCAGUGGAGACCUGAGCUAUGAGUCUUCGGUGAGGUGCUAUACUCAGGGCCAUUCGGCGCAGGUCAUGGACGACUUUGAGGAGAGAAGAAAUGCAGACUCUUCACGGAUUACAUUUCUGAAAGGGGAGAAAAUGAAGAACUGUACUGUCUCUAUCCAUGAUGACUCCAUCUUUGAGCCUGAGGAACAGUUCAAGGUCUACCUUGGCCAUCCUCUUGGAAACCACUGGAGUGGAGCCAGAGUUGGAAAGAAUAAUAUGGCUACCAUCACAAUAACCAAUGAUGAAGAUGCACCAACCAUAGAGUUUGAAGAAUCUGCCUACCAAGUUCGAGAACCUUCGGGGCCAGAUGCCAUGGCUAUCCUGAAUAUCAAAGUCAUCCGCAGAGGGGAUCAGAACAGGACAUCCAAGAUUCGCUGUAGCACAAGGGAUGGGUCUGCCCAGUCUGGUGUGGAUUAUUACCCAAAGAGCCGAGUCUUGAAGUUCAGUCCUGGUGUGGAUCAUAUCUUUUUUAAAGUCGAGAUCUUGUCUAAUGAAGACCGGGAAUGGCAUGAGUCUUUCUCCAUCGUCCUUGGCCCGGAUGACCCAGUGGAAGCAAUUCUUGGCGAUGUGACUACAGCCACAGUGACGAUUCUAGACCAGGAGGCAGCUGGAAGUCUCAUCCUGCCAGCACCACCCAUUAUUGUCACACUUGCUGACUAUGACCAUGUGGAAGAGGUUACCAAGGAAGGAGUCAAGAAAUCCCCCUCCCCAGGCUACCCGCUGGUCUGCGUCACCCCCUGUGACCCUCAUUUCCCCAAGUAUGCCAUCAUGAAGGAGCGCUGCAGCGAGGCUGGCAUCAACCAGACAUCCGUACAGUUCAGCUGGGAAGUGGCUGCCCCCACUGAUGGUAAUGGGGCCCGGUCUCCCUUUGAGACCAUCACUGACAACACACCAUUCACCAGUGUCAACCACAUGGUCCUAGAUAGUAUUUACUUCAGCCGGAGAUUCCAUGUGCGUUGUGUGGCAAAGGCUGUGGACAAGGUGGGCCAUGUGGGAACACCUUUAAGGAGCAACAUAGUUACCAUUGGUACAGACAGUGCUAUCUGUCACACCCCAGUGGUGGCUGGGACAGCAAGAGGCUUCCAGGCUCAGUCCUUCAUCGCAACCUUGAAAUACCUGGAUGUCAAACACAAGGAGCAUCCAAACAGAAUCCAUAUUUCAGUGCAGAUCCCACACCAGGAUGGAAUGCUGCCCCUUAUCUCCACCAUGCCCCUGCACAACUUGCAUUUUCUAUUGUCUGAGUCCAUCUACAGACACCAGCACGUCUGCUCCAAUCUCGUCACCACCCACGACUUGAGGGGCAUCUCAGAGGCAGGGUUCCUGGACGAUGCAGUCUAUGACAGCACUGCCCUGGGGCCUGGCUAUGACCGCCCCUUCCAGUUUGACUCCAGUGUGCGGGAGUCAAAGACCAUCCAGUUAUACAAACACCUGAACCUGAAAAGCUGCGUUUGGACCUUUGAUGCAUAUUAUGACAUGACCGAGUUAAUUGAUGUCUGUGGGGGGUCUGUGACUGCUGACUUCCAGGUGAGAGACUCGGCCCAGUCGUUCCUGACAGUGCACGUGCCUCUCUACGUGUCCUACAUCUAUGUGACGGCCCCCCGGGGCUGGGCCUCCUUGGAGCACCACACUGAGAUGGAAUUUUCCUUCUUCUAUGACACAGUUCUUUGGAGAACAGGAAUCCAGACAGACAGUGUGCUCUCAGCAAGACUUCAGAUAAUAAGAAUCUACAUUCGAGAAGAUGGCCGGCUCGUCAUUGAAUUCAAGACCCACGCCAAAUUCAGAGGACAAUUUGUGAUGGAGCACCACACCCUCCCUGAUGUGAAGUCUUUCAUAUUGACUCCAGACCACCUAGGAGGAAUUGAAUUUGACCUGCAGCUGCUAUGGAGUGCUCAGACUUUUGAUUCACCAUAUCAGCUCUGGAGAGCCACAAGCUCUUAUAACAGGAAGGACUACUCGGGGGAGUACACCAUCUACCUGAUCCCUUGCACCGUGCAGCCCACACAACCAUGGGUUGACGCAGGAGAGAAGCCUUUGGCCUGCACCGCACAUGCUCCAGAAAGAUUCCUGAUACCCAUUGCGUUCCAGCAGACCAACCGCCCAGUACCAGUCGUAUAUUCGCUCAACACUGAAUUUCAGCUCUGCAAUAAUGAGAAGGUGUUCCUAAUGGAUCCCAACACAUCUGAUAUGUCACUGGCAGAAAUGGACUACAAAGGUGCCUUCUCAAAAGGUCAAAUCCUUUAUGGCCGAGUACUUUGGAAUCCAGAACAAAACCUUAAUUCUGCUUACAAACUCCAGCUGGAGAAAGUCUAUCUCUGUACUGGCAAGGAUGGCUAUGUGCCUUUCUUUGAUCCCACGGGUACAAUCUACAAUGAAGGGCCACAGUAUGGAUGUAUUCAACCAAACAAGCAUCUAAAACACAGAUUCCUGCUGCUGGACCGCAGUCAGCCAGAGGUCACUGAUAAGUACUUCCACGACGUGCCCUUUGAGGCCCAUUUUGCUUCUGAGUUGCCUGAUUUCCAAGUGGUCAGUAGCAUGCCAGGUGUGGAUGGAUUUACUCUGAAAGUUGAUGCACUCUAUAAGGUGGAAGCAGGGCACCAGUGGUACCUACAGGUCAUCUACAUUAUUGGCCCUGACACCAUAUCAGGGCCCCGGGUCCAGCGCUCGCUCACAGCCCUUCUGAGGCGAAACCGAAGGGACCUGGUGGACCCCAGCGGCCAGCUGACCCUCGACGAUUCCCUCAUCUAUGACAAUGAAGGGGACCAGGUCAAGAAUGGCACCAACAUGAAAUCCCUGAAUCUGGACAUGCAGGAGCCAGUUGUCGCUGCUUCUCUAUCCCAGACGGGGGCAUCCAUAGGCAGCGCCCUGGCUGCUAUCAUGCUUCUGCUCCUGCUGUUUCUGGUGGCCUGUUUCAUCACCAGAAAAUGCCAGACACAGAGGAGUAAAACACCCACAGAGGACAUUUUUGAGGAAUACCCUCUGAACACCAAAGUGGAAGUGCCCAAGAGGAGCCCUGACAGGGUGGAGAAGAACGUGAACAGACAGUACUGCACUGUGCGCAACGUCAACAUACUGAGUGAGCCAGAGGGCUCCUAUGCUUUCAAAGGUGCUAAGGUCAAAAAAUUGAAUCUGGAGGUCAGAGUCCACAACAAUUUACAAGACGGAACAGAAGUUUAAUGGAGGAGACCCACACGUAUUUUUUUCUAAAAUCAUUUUUAUAAAACAGGGAGAUACUGGUAUUUUUAUAAUCCUGCAGAUUAAAAAGGGAAAACUAUAGCUUUGAGUGGCAGAAAGCACACAUCACAUGCAUCAACUCACAACUGAGCUACCUCAUUAAGCAAAGAACCACUGAGACCCCCCCGAGUUUUAGAGUCAUUUCUGUGAGUCCUUGAAUAGUCUCAGCAGCAAUGCACUGCUCAUUCCGUAAGGCCAAUCUUAGAAAGAAGCAUGGCAGUGGGAAGGCAGGAAUCAGACAGAUUUACCCAUGGGGCCCAGAGGGCUGGGUGUGCACUGGCCAAUCUCUGAAAGUGAGUGGGCUUCAAGGUUGGUCACCGACCACCAGCUGCCUCCUGGGCUUUUCUUGGGACUCCGAACAGCAGAAUUCAAGUUGCUGACAUCCAGCUUGCAUUCAGAAACCUGCUUUCAGCACUAGCAUCAGAUUUGCUCAUUGCAUCUCCAUGUCAGUCUGUGAUCUAUGGCCUCCAGUUGUACUUGCAUUUCCAGAGCCCUCUCAACUCGGGUCUCAAAGUCCUCUGGAUAGAGCACUUCUCUGCAUCUCAAGGGAGAAUUGUGGGCCUCUCCUGUCAGAUAUGGGUCUCACUGAGAAUGCCCUGACAAAGGGAUAGAAUGAAACCUGGGAGGAAGGAGAGGCCUGGCAAGCAGCUCAGAUCACAUUAGCAACUCACCUGACCUGAAGCCCAGAAGUCACUGUACCGGGGAUGCACCAGGACAUCCUCCCUGGCAAAGGAUGCUCCAAACACCAUCCAGGCACCAUAGCCUUUUUAUUCAGCAUUUCCAUGGAUGCUAAAAAGACCUCUACGCUUGCCUGCCAGGCUCUGCCAGGUCCAAUAAUAGACCAGCCUGUGUGCUUUGCUAGCUAUGGAGGUUUUAUUUUGCUAGUGUUUCAGGAUAGUAAGUGACUCAUUUGAAUAAAACAAGUUAGGAGAAAGCCCAGGUCAUAGUAUAAUGUGAGUUAAAAGAUGCCAGCUAGUACUCACAGCAGAUGAAGUGCUAGCAUUCAAAGCAGACAAAGUACUAGUACUCACAGCAGAUAAGACACCAUUCCUGGUACAGUAUUUCAGGGAUUUUUCUUUUGGGGAGUUCUUUUCUGGUAACUCAGGCACUUAUUUUCCAUAUCUGCACAUGACAAGGCCAUCAAAACAUGGCUUGAAAUGAUUUAGUGUUCAAAGAGCCUAACCAUUUUUUAAGUAGUGUACACACAGCUUGCUUUUGUGUUUCUUUUUUGCUUCUGCCUUAUUGGCCAAAACAUAAGCACGCGUGUCAUGUUGUUUUGAAUUCGAGGUACAUUCUCUUCCCGGUCAGCCUAGCACACCGUUAUCACUGGGCAAGAACCAGAGCAUUCAUGUGGAUGACGUUUGUAUGAUGAUGACACAAGAGCUUUGAGAACUUUACAAAGUGGAAACACUUUGAUACUAAAAACUAGAAAGAAUGAACUGUGAAAGGUUUUGGGUAUCUCUCCCUUCAGCCAUGCCUUGCACAUAACAAGCACUCCCAAAAUAUUUGUUGGUUGAAAAAAUGAACAUUGUUAUGGGUGAGUGAUAGAGAAAUAAAUUUAGGAAAGGGAGCUGAGAGAGAAUAGUAGCAAUAUCAGAAGGGCAAGUAGAAAAAAAGCUGUUUCUGUUUGGAUUGUGAAUUAAUUUUCUCACUAAAACUAACACCAAUUUACAUAGGCAGCAAUCUCACGUGAUAUGAAAGAGUGAACAGAAAAGUCAUCAUAAUGUAUUGGCAGGAGGUGAGGCUCUGAACCAGCCCCCAAAGCUGCCCAUUUAGAGGAAAGUCUGACUUAGCAUCUGAGAUGAGUAUGACGUUUUGAGGAGAGGAUGGAUUGGGGUGGGUGAACCCAGAAACAAAACUCAUGGCUGGUCAGGUGCUACUUGAGAUCAGCUUGGGUAAUUGGGACAGACCUGCUGUGUCAGGGGGCCUCCCUGGUGGCGCAGGGGUUAAAGUCAGCACUGUCAAGCUAUUGCCAGCCACUGCAGCAUAAGUUUGGUCCCCAGCCAGGGAGCUGACCUACAUGGCUCAGCAGACCUCUCCUGCCUCUCCUGCUGCUCCCCUCAGCGGUGUAUUUCAGUAGAUCUGCCCGUUCUGCUCCCCACUCUCUCUGGUGAAUCCUCUCACCACCACCCCCCCCCCACACCUCGUGAACAAGAAGCCUCGUGAACAAGAAGAAUUGCUGUCUUAUGGUUGGAGAGCUCAGCUGGCAGGCAGAGAAUCUUCUCCAGAACAAUCUAGAUGGUUAAUGCUAAAUCUGCAUGCACAGAAAGUCAGGCUUCUGUGCAGCACCUUUUGAUGUGACCUGUUAUUUAUGACCGCUCCCAGUGCCAGGAUGCUCACCCGUUAAAGCAGCACAUUUCCGUUUGCUCAACUACUCUUGCAUAUCCCUUCCUUUACUACUGAAUAGGACAUGUGCUCAGGAAGAGUGUGCAGACGGGGGCAGGAUAAGGUUAGCAUGGGAAGGAAUGGAGGCAGUGUUCUCGGUGCUCUUAGCAGCCUCCGUGUACUUUCCAUGCCAGGGCCACAUUCAGGAGGACCAUGAACAGUGACUGAUGUAUGCAAAAAGAAACUCUUGGAAUAUUCCCACAACUUCCUUUCUGUCCACCCUCCCCUCCGCCCCGCACUGCACACGCUUUAUUGAAUGACAGUACUUUUCUAUUGAAUGCACACUUAUUAAAGGAAAUUGCUAAGAUAUGAAAUUGAGAUUUACUCCUUUGACACAGAAUUUUUCAUUUCAUUUAUGUUUUGUAUUUUGUAUUAAGGAUAAGAUAAUUUGAUGAUUUGGAGGGAGACUAUACUGAGAAUAUCUUACUUUGUUCAAUUUCAUGAUGUAGGAUUAUGUCUCAUUCACAGUUCUGCUUUCACUUUCUCUAACUGGCUCACUAAUGCCUGUGUGUGUUUUACUAACCUUUUAUACCAUGCCUUUAGGUGAGAAGGAACAAAAACCCCUCAGGGGUUGCUAGUUGCUAUCACAUGUUGGCUGUGGAGAUUGAAAGAAAAAGAAUCUGCACCUUUUUUUUCUGCCAAGCUGCCCUUUUAUUGCCCCAGGACUUCUGGAGGACCCCUGCAGAUUCCUGUAUUUGGAUGUGGAAAUAGUAUCAGACCAUGUUUGCACAGUCUCAUGUCCUCUAGGUAUUCGUUACCCUUGGAUACUACACACCUGCUCAGACUGAGUGAAACAUUUGUGGUGCUGUCAACCUGAUUUCUUUACUUUGAAAUGAUUUUUGUAUUUCCAGUUGCAGUUUGUGUGUUAUGAAUUUCUGAUUUUUCCAAUAGCAAAUGCCACUAUAUAAAUUUGUAUUAAUAAAUGACCAUCA